UGUGCAAUGGGUGUGGAAAUUUUUAAAACUAAGGGUUGCCAUUCUGCAGAAACUUGUCAUAGUUUGCAGCCAUCAACUAACACUUCAACUGACUCUUCGUCUACUAGCAUCAAGUACUGCACCUAGGUCUAUAUGACUGAAACGGAGACCAAGCUUCCCAUGUAUCAACAAGAUGUCCAUCAAGAAGCCUCACCCACUGCCCCGGCCGGAUCAUACCAGCCAAACGCUCAGCAGCUAGAGGUACAACACCAUGACGAGAGAAACGAUGAUGACAACAAUCCGCAGUCCAAGAAUGACUCCGACAUAAUACUUCCAAUAGACCCAGGAGAUGUCCCACAACAAAAAUACCUCAGUCUUGAGUUUGACGCGACCUUCCACGAGCACAAGAAGACCAGUUUGGUGAAGCCAAUGCAUGAUAUCCUCGGAAUUGUCUACAAAUGGACGAAGCUCAUCACUUAUCACGUCUUUGUGAUUAUCAUUGGGAUUCCAUUAAUGAUAGUCUGGGCUCUGGUAAAUGGCAUAACAGCAUUCACCUAUUCGUGGCUUUGGAGUCCUGCUAUGCGUAUCACUAUCUUCUGGAUUGCAGCUACACUACCUCUGGUUACCAUGCCACUGGUGACCAUCUUCAGGCCUUUGACAGAUGUGGCAGCUCGCUGCCUCAGUCAGAUCCGUGUAAAAGCAGCCCUCGAUGGAAAAGGAUUUGUUCAAAAUGUAUAAUGAGGACUUUUAAUGUUACUAACGGUACUGUACACGCAUCUUGUUAUGUGAUUGCCACAAUUCCCUUCCUGUAUCCUCUCAAUUAUAAUGAGUUUUUUGUAGUAUGUAGCUUUUAUAUGAGUUUUGCAUUACUUUUCA